CGGAUUGGAGGGGGUUGGGUGGGGCGGCCCAAAAGGAAAGGGCUGAAGAGAUAAAAAAAGCGGUGCCGGCCCUGCCAGAAACCGUGUCGUCUGGUUUUGUUCGGAGCCGCGACUUUCGUCUCGCUUCACGCUCUCCGGCAGGUACCGAUUGAGUUAAGACAAAAUGAGUCGACCACAUGAUGGGCAGCGGACCUUUUUUCCCUUUGGAAAUCCUUUUCGGAGUAUACUUCCCAGGGGAUCUUAUCUGUCGCCAAAGCUUCUUGCCUUGCUGAAUAUUUUUGAGCAAACCUUGGCAGAAAGUUUAAAAAGGCUCAAGCCUAAAGAUUCUUCAGAUGUCCUUAGCUUAUCCUGGAUGCGCCGUGCAAUGGAGUCCUUAUGUGAGGCCCAUGCUAACAUCAAAACUUUAAUAACUGAUCUUCAGUUUCCUGUUUCUGACUGGGACGAGAAGUGGAUUGACCUUUACUUCGACUGGAGUGUGAAAUUGCUUGAUAUUUGCAUUGCGUUUAGCUCUGAACUCUCCCAUCUGGAUCAAGGGCAAAUCUUGCUACGAUAUGUCUUGCAUGUUUUGGACUCCUCAAGCAGUUCUCCUUCAUCCGAACAACUCAAACGGGCCGAUGCAUGUCUUCAUGAUUGGGUGAAGCAAUUCAACUCGAAGAGUCCCAAGUUUGAAAACUGUUCUUCCAUCGUACAGAGUCUUGCUGGCACUCUUUAUUUGACAAAGGUCAAGAACUCUGCCAAAGGGAAGGUAUUGAUGAGAGCCAUGUAUGGAGUGAAGGUUAUGACUUUAUUUAUUUGCAGUGUCUUCACAGCAGCAUUGUCAGGUUGCUCUACGCCAUUGAUGGACUUGAAUGUUUCUGACAAGUUCUUGUGGGCUGAGGCCUUCAGUGACUUGCAAGCUGUUGUGAAUGAGGAAGUUAAGAGUCAUUUUUCAAGUGGAAAGAUUACAAUGUUGAAAGAGCUGGAGGCAGUCGAAAAACAUGCGGAGAGAUUGCACGAUUUGACUAAUUGUGUUAGCCACGAGUAUGUGACUUUACUGCAAAGCAGUUGCCAGAAAGAAGAAAAGUUACUGCAAAGCAAUGGUAUUAGGCAUCAGGAAGUAGGCACACUGACGAUAAGUGUGGACCAGGAAGAAAGAGAAGGAUUCCAGGAGUCUGUAUCAAAUAUGGCUGAAGAAGCAGAGAGGUUUGCCCAUGGGCUUGAUCUUCUGUCAAAGCAAGUGAGAGACUUCUUCCAGAUUGUUCUAAGCGGACGUGAUGCUUUGCUUUCUAACCUUAGAGGGUCUGAUGUAACAAAUGAAAGUAGUGUAGAUGAGGUCAGGCCAUGAAGUGGUCAGAUUGCUCGAUGAAAUUUUAGUUUUCUUUGUUGGUGUGGGCUGAUUCUCCCGAAGUUCUCACAUGAUAUUGUUCAUGAGAUAAGGAAAGGAGAAUGUAAGGUUAAUGUUUGUUCAAGUUAUUAUGUAGUAUCUCUUAUAGUUGUGAUAUAAACAGUGUUAUAAAGAUGGCAAGGUUAUUUACGUCUAUUUUCUUGGUGGUUA